UCGAUAACCUAACAAGUGCCCUUGUUGUGUCUGGUUUAGGUUCUGACGCCGUGGGAUACCCAUUCCUCCACGCCGUCGCUAUUGAGUCAGUGACAGCCUCGCGUAGUCGCGGCCUCAUUACUCCUUGCUCGCCUUGUAUUAUUAUAUUCUCCCUGUGAAAGUAAAUUAUCCCGCUCACAGUUUGGUUCUGAAGUGCUUCUCUCUCGCCAAGUCUCACUCCUCGCAUUUCUCAUUUGGAAAACAGCAAAGCCACUGUACCGACGCCAACCACCUGGGUAUUUAUUUUGGGCGCUCAUCCUCUGAAACCACCAUUCUCGAAGUAAAUAUCUAUUCCUUUUGGACGCUGACAGGAAAGAGAUGGUGAGGCUCACUGCUGACUUGAUCUGGAAAAGCCCUCAUUUCUUCAAUGCCGUUAAAGAGCGCGAGCUAGAUCUUCGAGGCAACAAGAUAGCUGUAAUGGAAAACUUAGGCGCUACCGAGGACCAAUUUGACACCAUAGAUUUGUCUGACAAUGAGAUUGUCAAACUGGAAAACCUCCCAUAUCUUAACCGGUUGGGUACACUACUCAUGAAUAACAAUAGAAUUACUAGAAUUAACCCCAACAUUGGAGAGUUCUUGCCAAAAUUACACACGCUAGUUCUCACAAACAACAGGAUUGUAAACUUAGUAGAAAUUGAUCCUUUAGCAUCCCUCCCAAAACUGCAGUUCCUUAGUCUUCUUGACAACAAUAUUACAAAGAAAGCGAAUUACAGGCUUUAUGUUGUUUACAAACUGAAGUCUCUUCGGGUUUUAGAUUUCAAAAAAGUGAAAAAUAAGGAACGGUUGGAGGCCAAAAACCUGUUUGCUACAAAAGAAGUUAUAGAAGAAGUUCAAAGAACACCAGCGAAAACAUUUUCACCCAGUGAAACUCCAAAUGUUUCAGAAGUUACUGAGGAACAACAGACGCCCAAAGUGGUGGCCCCCACACCAGAGCAAAUUAUUGCUAUUAAGGCUGCCAUUGUGAGUUCACAGACUCUUGAAGAGGUUGCUAGACUUGAAAAGGCACUGAAGUCCGGCCAGCUUCCUGCAGAUGUAAAAGGCUUGAAUGAAAAUAUAAUGUUGGACAAUGUUAACGAAAAACAUGAGGACGUGGUGCAUGAUGCUAAAGGUCAAGCUGAUGAUGAAUCUAAUGAUACUGAUUCUGCUCCAAUGGAACAGGAGUAGAGAAAAUUCUGGAAUAGUCCUAGCAUUGUGCACUCCUUUAAUGUUUGGUUCUCGAAUCUGAAUAUUGGAUACUUUUCAUAAAGUGUACUUGACGAGUCUUCUGUAGUGAACAAUAGGCAGUAUUUGAACUUUUUUUCUGGUAACGAGUUGAGAACUGGAGGUGUAUCGCUGCUAUAGCGUUUAAUUGUAUUAAAUUUGAUUGUCUUUAUUUAUUUAUUUUCCCACCUGUUAGUUCCUUUUCUCUAUAGAAAAGGCAUUCUAGUUGGAUUCAAUGUCUUUGUCAAACGAA